UUGUGAAUGUGUGCAAGAAUCUGUAAAGGCCUAGCCUGACAUGUGAAUGUGUGAAAGACCCGGUACGUGUGUAUACAAAUUUAAAUUCAGUUUUCUUUUUAUACAUUCACAAAUCUGAGAACAAACAUACAGACUAAUAUAGUUUGAGUCUAUUUAGUUUUUAUAAGGCAAGAUAUUGUUAUUACGAUUAUGUCCACAACAACUACUGUCACAGCAAAAAGGGAGAGAAUCCAAACCUCCUUAGAAACCUCUUAAUGAUCUUCCUCUUAUGCCCAGUAUGUUAAGCAUUGUCCAGAUAUUGCAACAGCCCAGUGAGCUGAAACGUUGAGUGACAUUUGCUUAGUGUGCUUUACACACAUGCACCCGCAUUCCUUGGAGGAACGUCCUGUGCUGUAGCAACAGUUCAGAGAAAAACGUUUACAAACAGUGAAGCACAGAGGGGAACCUUAAACCCAAAGUUAAUCAUUUUCUUUUUCAAUGAACAGCCAAUCUUCAUCACUUCUGCUUCCACUCACAGAACGAAGUCUAAAGCUGUGCAGACAGGAUCUUUAGUUCCUGAAGAGAUGUCGUCCCAAGUCAGACUGAGGCUCCUGCCGAGUGCCAGAUGUUUGUUCGACGAGCCCGUUCAGGUGAAGGUGGCCGGGCUGAGGUCGAGGCAGGUGGUCACCCUGAGAGCCGGAUCAACAGACGAGAGGGGAGUGCUGUUCAGAUCCUCAGCCACCUACAGGGCUGAUGAGACCGGGGAGAUCGACCUGGACAGAGACCCCUCACUCAGCGGGAGCUACGUCGGGGUCGAACCCAUGGGUCUGCUGUGGUCAAUGAAGGCAGACACCUUGCACCAACAGUUUCAAAAAAUGAAUUCGCUAAACCCCCACGUGGUGAAGUUCUCUGUGCAUGAGGAGGAGAGCGAAGGAAGAAUUCUAGCAGAGGAGACUAACGAGAGGUUUCUGACCAGACAGGGGGUCAGCCGGCUCCCCGUCAAAGAGGGGAAUAUUCGUGGAGUCCUGUUCACUCCCCCAGGAGAAGGCCCGUUCCCUGGGGUGUUGGAUCUGUACACUUUCAGAGGACGUUUAUCUGAGAAAAAGGCGUCUCUGCUGGCCAGUCAAGGAUUUGUGGUUCUGUCUGUAGUGGCGUAUGGCUAUGACGACAUGCCGAGGAACAUCAAAGAGGUUCAUCUGGAUUAUUUUGAGGAAGCGAUAGAGUUUUUAAAAAAACAAGACAAGGUGGCCAGUAAAGGAGUUGGUGUAAUAUCCCUUUCAAAAACCGGAGAUGUUGCACUUUCAAUAGCCUCUUACCUGCCAGAUGUCAAGGCCACAGUGUGGAUCAACGGCUGCUGUGCCAACACAGCUUUACCCCUCUAUUAUAAGAAAAGCCAAAUCCAUCCUGCGUUGAUGUUUGACCUCAGCAAGGUCAUUCCCACUGAUUCGGGAGCCAGCAUAGUCAGGUAUGUUAUGAAAAAUCCCCUGGCCGAGGAGAACAAGGCCAGUCUGGUCCCCAUUGAACGAGCAAAGGGACAUUUCCUCUUUGCUGCUGGAGAGGACGACCUCAACUGGGACAGCAAGGCUUACAUGGACGAGAUGGUGGCGAGACUGAAGCGUCAUGGGAAGGAGAACUUUGAGAGUCUGAGUUACCCGGGAGCAGGACAUUACCUAGAGCCACCUUAUGGACCCUACUGCCCUUCCAGCCAUCACUGGAUUGUGGGUGCACAGGUCCUGUGGGGGGGUGAGCCCAGGUCCCACGCAGCAGCUGAAGUCCACCUGUGGAAGAAGAUCCAGGAGUUCUUGAGAACUCACCUGAGCUGUGAUGCUACACGGUCUAAAGCCAAGUUAUAGAUGCAAACAUAUCGAUACAAACAUUAGGCAAAAAAAAGCUGUUUUACGUUGAAUUUCACAAAUUGUUUGACCCAACUAAAAGUGCCUUACAUUGUGGCUCACUUUCUGUUUGUUUCUGUAGUUACUGCUCUAAACUUACUUUCUGGCAUUUUAUUUGAAGCAUUUUAUCUGUUUAAAUUCUGCGCACUUCAUUGCUCACUAUAAGCAGGUAGCUCUAGUCGGAGUGCGAGCAUGUAUUUUUCUUAGUGGCUCAUCAUGUAGAUUCUUUGCUUACAAACUGGACUGUGGUGAUGAAAAGUUUGACUUUAUUAGAAUCAAGACUGUAGUGUUACUCUAAUGUAAAUGUAAUAACUUUUUGUAAAGACCAGGAUUAUAAUACAGUAAGAGUAUGACAUUAGAAAGAAUUAAGGAUCUUUUCCUUUCUAUUUUGGAGAUGUGACACCAAAAGAAAAACAUUUUAUGAUAUUAGUCGAUAUUGUGUGUAAAAUCUUAAACUGCAAUAAAACAUUUCAACAUAAAAUUUGUAUGCACAACAGAUUAAAAUGUGCUAAAUAUGUCACGCAGGCAAAAAAAAGAGAGAAUGUCUUAAACACUGAUUGCCUCAAAACACUUUCCACUGUUUUCGGUUUCAUUGUUUUUACGCCUCUUGUAUUUAGUUGUAUUGAAGAAGACUUGGUGGAAAAUUGUAAAGCUUUUAUGAGUUGAUGUUUCAAGCUUUCCUUCAGAUAGGGUACAGGAAUCGGCAGCUGGUUACAUCGCAACAGCCUUGGCAAAACCGAAUAGAAUAGAACUAAUAAGGAAAUGAGAGGCUGGGAACAAAAAAAAACAACUUAUGGGUAACUAUCUCACCCUGUCUCUGUUGCAAAUGGAUAACAGGUUAUUGUUCCUGGCAAGUUCACUAUUGUGUACGUUCAUCAAGAUGGCAGAGCCAGCCUUUAUCUGCCUCCCGAGUUUAUCAGGCAGCACUGUUGAAAU